AGCCCCACCCACCUGAAGCCAAGAUGUCCAGCAAGAGGGCCAAGGCCAAGACCACCAAGAAGCGCCCACAGCGGGCCACAUCCAAUGUCUUUGCGAUGUUUGACCAGUCCCAGAUCCAGGAGUUUAAAGAGGCCUUCAACAUGAUCGACCAGAACCGAGAUGGCUUCAUUGACAAGGAGGACUUGCAUGACAUGCUGGCAUCACUGGGGAAGAACCCCACGGACGAGUACCUGGAGGGCAUGAUGAGCGAGGCCCCUGGGCCCAUCAACUUCACCAUGUUCCUGACCAUGUUUGGGGAGAAGCUGAAUGGCACGGACCCCGAGGACGUGAUCCGCAACGCCUUUGCCUGCUUCGAUGAGGAGGCCUCAGGUUUUAUCCAUGAGGAUCACCUUCGGGAGCUGCUCACCACCAUGGGCGACCGCUUCACAGAUGAGGAGGUGGACGAGAUGUACCGCGAGGCACCCAUUGACAAGAAAGGCAACUUCAACUAUGUGGAGUUCACCCGCAUUCUCAAACAUGGUGCCAAGGACAAAGAUGACUAGGUCCCCGGGACCCCAUGUCCAGGCCCCGUCCCAGCCACCUGCUACCCACACACACAGCCUGCACCUGCUCCAUGCCCACAGGACCCUCUCAGGGGAGUCUCCCUCUGAGGGGUUAGGGGCCCAGCUCCCAGUGGAGGAAACAGGCCGAGAGAGAGCAGUGCCAGGCAAGGGUCACACAGCCACUGUGAGGCAGGUGUGCCCACUGUGACCCUCCAAGAAAGUAUCAUCUAGAUCUAGGGAGCUGGGCCAGAGGGCUGGGUCUGGG